UUUUCUUCUUCUUUUUUCUCGUAAUUGAUUAUUAACCUUCCCCAAGUCAAGUUUCCCGUUCCAUCGCUUCAAAUACUAAUAAUUCUUCAUUUUUUAAGGUCGCUCCCAUGGCUUCCUCCACCCUCAAACUCUUCCUCCUUCUCUUCCCAAUCUUCAUCUCACCCGCUUGCGCCUCUCCUACAACAAAACUACCUCCAAAUCUCACUUCCAUAAGAUCUUUCUGCCGAACCACCCCAUAUCCAGAAGCUUGCUUCGAUUCUCUGAAGCUCGGCAUUUCUAUCAACAUAAGCCCAAACAUCCUCACCUACCUGCUUCAGUCUCUGCAAGUUGCCAUAUCCGAAGCCACCCAUCUCUCCGAUCUAUUCCACAAUGCAGGAGGCCAUCCAGGUUCCAACCUCGUGGAGAAGCAGAGAGGGUCAAUUCAAGACUGUAGGGAGCUUCAUCUCUCAACCUUGACUUCUCUCAAAAGAUCCCUCUCUGGGGUUCGUGAUUCUCCCACUUCUGCCAGGAAGCUCGCCGAUGCUAGAGCCUACCUCAGCGCCGCCAUGACCAACAAGAACACUUGCCUGGAAGGUCUCGACUCUACUGCGGGCUCCCUUAAGCCUGUUCUUGUCCACUCUACCAUCAAAACCUACAAACACGUCAGCAAUUCUCUGUCCAUGCUCCCUAAGCCAGGGUUAAGAGGUUCCAGAGGCAAUAAGAACCGGCGUCGCUUGCUGGGAGCUCCGGCGUGGCUGAAGAGGAAGGACCGUCGGAUCUUGGAGAGCUCGGACGGGGAAGAAUACGAUCCGGAUGAGAUGCUUGUGGUGGCGGCGGAUGGAACCGGGAACUUCAGCACCAUUACUGAAGCUGUGAACUUUGCUCCCAAUAAUAGCUUGUACAGGACUGUGAUCUAUGUGAAGUCAGGGGUUUACGAGGAAAAUGUGGACAUCCCAAGUUACAAGACCAACGUUGUUCUGCUUGGAGAUGGAAGCGAUGUCACUCUCAUUACCGGUAACAGAAGCGUGGGCGAUGCGUGGACCACUUUCAGAUCUGCAACUCUAGCUGUGUCCGGUGACGGCUUUCUGGCACGAGACAUAGCGAUAGAAAACAGUGCAGGGCCAGAGAAGCACCAAGCAGUUGCGUUGAGAGUAAACGCGGACUUAAUUGCGCUGUACAGAUGCGCCGUUUAUGGCUACCAAGACAGCCUCUACGUUCACUCCUUCCGACAGUUCUACAGAGAAUGUGACAUCUACGGCACCAUAGACUUCAUCUUCGGAAACGCAGCCGCCGUUUUCCAGGCCUGCGACAUCGUUUCGAGAAAGCCGCUUCCUCACCAGUUCACCAUCAUCACGGCUCAAUCCCGAGACUCGCCUGACGAGGACACCGGAAUCUCAAUCCAGAAUUGCUCCAUCAUAGCCUCCCAGGACCUGUAUUCGAAUUCUAGAAGCUUCAAGAGCUACCUCGGACGCCCAUGGAGGCCCUACUCGCGGACUGUGUAUCUAGAGUCUUACAUCGAUGACUUCGUGGACCCAAAGGGGUGGACGGAAUGGUCUGAUUCUGAUGGCGAUGAUUUGGAGACUUUGUACUAUGGGGAGUACGACAAUUAUGGGCCGGGUUCGGGUACUGGUGGGAGGGUGAACUGGGUUGGGUACCAUGUGCUGGGUUAUGAGGAUGCUUAUAAUUUUACCGUUUCUCAGUUCAUUAUGGGUGAUGCUUGGCUUCAGUCCACUUCUUUCCCCUAUGACGCUGGGAUUUGACCAUGAACCAAUUAGAUUUAGCCUAAUUUACUGCUUGCUGAUAAUGUGAUUAAUUAAUGUUCU